UAAGAAAAGAAUGGUGGAGGGGGGAUGGAAGGUGGCUUCCUUCAACAUCAGGAUGAAGACGCAAGAGCCAGACCCAAAUGACAACUGGGAUUUCCGGAAAGAUGCCUUGCUGCAAGAACUGGUGAACAGCCAAGCUGCGAUCAUCGGACUGCAGGAGGUGAAACCUGAGCAGUUGGCCUUCCUGAAGUCGUCGUUGGCAGAGCAUGGCUUUUCAAGUGUGGGAGUUGGACGAGGUGCUAAUGGAGAUGAUGAAGCAAGUCCCAUUUUCUACAAAUCGGCUGAGUUCCAAUUGGUGAGAGAAGGGCAGAGAUGGCUGUCGGCAAGCCCUGCUAUACCUGGUUCGCGUUUGGAGGGAGCAGGCUGUCCACGCGUCGUGACACAGGCACUUCUAAAAUGUUGCCACAGUGGCAAGGAGAUCUUCGUGUUUUGCACCCAUUUGGAUCACCGUGGAAUGCUAGAAGCGGCACGGCCGUUCUCAGCUGGGCUGCAGAUCCAGGCAGCACAAGGAGAGAUCCUUUUGAAGGAAGUUGAGGCAUUUUGUGAUGCCGAUGAUGCGGAUGCCGAUGUUCCACGGCUGGUACUGGGAGAUUUCAAUUCAUGGCCAGGUGCUGGGGCACAUCCGGUGUUAUUGCGACAUGGGUACCAUGAAGCAUCACAGAGAGCAUCAGCUCAGGCAACUUUUGUUGGCUUUGGUUCAGGUUCUUGGCUGGCACGUUUUCGGGAGUGGAUGUACAAAGUGCAGAUUGAUUACAUUUUUGGGACUAAAAACUUGGAAUUGAAAGGAUACAGCGUACAUCACAAUACCUACAAGGCACAUGAUGGGAGGUCUCGCAACUUGAGUGACCACUGUAUGAUCAGUGCUCAAGUCAGAAUGACAAGAGCAGAAACUUGAAAGCGCAGAUUACAAGGCGCAGUCGAUGCAGCCAUGAUUAGCACAGCUUGGCCAGCGGCAUUACGUUUGCGAUUAUGUUUGCAAUGCCUUCGUGUACGUGGCUGUGACCAUGCAUGACUCCAACCUACUGAUCUUUGGUCAAUGUGGCUUAUUAUUGCCAGCAUUUACCAGCCCUUGGUGAUGACCCCAGCGCCACGCAGCUUCCCGGCCGAACGUGAACCUUUCCUGAAGAUUCUGAAGAUCCUGCAGCCGGAGGAAAA